UACUGGAUCGAUCAACCAUGGCGACCUUUGCCAAGAAAUCCUUCAAUGCAUCUAUAUAUGCUGCCUCAAGGCCAACAUAUCCCAAGGCUCUGUUCGACUAUAUCUUCGCAUACCACGAAUCUGGAAUUCUUCCUCACCAACAGUCGGCGUCUUCACCUCGCUACAGGCCACGAUGGGACCUUGCUGUUGAUCUAGGAUGUGGAACAGGUCAGGCUACGAUUGAGCUCACUCCGUUCAAGAAAGUUGUCGGUGUCGAGCCUGGGGAGAAAAUGCUGGAAGCUGCGAGAAAAUAUCUAAAGGAGAAAAUCGGUGACUCUGCCGAAUCUCGUUUCGAAUUCGUCAAUUCCAGUGCAGAGGAUCUGUCCUUCCUUGGGUCUUCUACCGUGGAUCUCGUCAUCGCAGCUCAAGCAGCUCAUUGGUUCGACUACUCAAAACUGUGGCCUGAGCUCGACCGUGUACUGCGCCCAAGUGGUACAGUUGCCUUCUGGGUGUACUCAGAGUUUCGCUUGUCCGCGUAUCCUUCUCUGACGCCUCUCAUCACCAACUACGCCCAAGGAACGGACCCAGCAACGUCUAUUGGUCCACACUGGCAGCGUCCAGGACGAACUAUAUUAGAAAACCAUCUUCUUGACGUGCCAGAGCCGUCGUGGGGAAAGAUGGAUCGUGUUUUCUUUACCGGGUCACAUUAUCCGGACCUUCCUUCCCCGCUCCCGGUCAUCCUACGUACCAAGACAACAUGGGGUGGUUUAUUGACUUAUUUCCGCUCAUGGAGCUCGUUGCACACAUACUUGGAGCGGGGCGGGGAGCAAGGGAUCGAGGACCGAUUUUGGAAUGCGCUAAGAGAGGGUGCGGUGAAAGAGGGAAGUACGGCGGUAGAGGAGUCAGACGAACUCAUGGUGGAGUGGCCGAUAGGUAUGAUACUCGUCAAGAAGGGGGAGAAAUAAGUGCGAGCUAAUCAAGGCCUGUAUACCCUCUCUCUUGGAUUUUAAUCAUACAUUGGAAUGGCUCAUUUCAUGCACUGUGCUAACUCUUUGGGCCGUGACAAAAUGAGCUAGGACCUCUCGUCGUUACUACCGUGCGACGUCCCGAACGAGCCGUGGUCGCAUAUAUUUCAAUGAGGUCGAGGCUAAG